UCGUCUCCCAGCUCCCAAACUCCCUCCAACGAGAACCCCUUGUUGGAGAAGCUCAGUCCCGCCCAAUUCGACGCCAGUGUCAAGUUCUACGAGGCCGACCAGCGCCUCCAGCCUUCCGACCGUGAACAGAUUGCAAACGACCUCUUCUCCACCUUGACCACCUCCACGCUCUUUGGGCUCGGGUCCUCAGUGAUAGCCCUGUUGGCGCCCACCCUCUACGCCAAAUCACGCAACAUCCAGCCAAUUCCAGCGGCCAAUGCCGCCAAAUUGUCACCAUUGAGGCCUCGUCUUCACAAGCCGUUCCUCUCGUUCAUGCUUGGACUUACCUCAUUGAUGGUGGUCAACCAGCAGACUGCCAAGUACAAGUUCACCCGUCAGAUUGCUGCGUUGGAGGACGGCCCCAACCAGCGCCAGGCUGACUUGUGGAAGGCCAUGGACUACCACCAAGCAGGCAUGUUCUACGUGUAUUUCCGCAAGACUGCCCAGGACCCCAGCUUCCUCAUUCCCGACCCACGAACCGUGACCAAGCAAACCUUGCACGAGAUUCGGUUCCAUCCUCCCAAGAACGCACCCGAGCCAAAGGGACCAGCAGGCGAAUCUCACUGGGACCAAGUCCGCCGGGCCAAUGGCUUUGAAACGGAGCCCCAGACCAGCAGGCCCGUUAAUGACCAACAAGAGUCCAGCGACGUGCUCUUGGGUGACGAGCUGGAGGCCCUGGAGGCCUCAGAUGCUCCAAAGUCUGCCUGGGAUGCCAUUCGUGGCAGGUCCAAGAACUGA